UCGCCUGCCGUCACUCUCCGGUUCUCCCUCCAGGUGGGGCCGUGACCUCGGGGCUGGCCAUCUACGACACCAUGCAGUACAUCCUCAACCCCAUCUGCACCUGGUGCGUGGGGCAGGCGGCCAGCAUGGGGUCGCUGCUCCUGGCUGCCGGCUCCCAGGGCAUGAGGCACUCCCUGCCCAACUCCCGCAUCAUGAUCCACCAGCCGUCGGGAGGGGCACGAGGCCAAGCCACGGACAUCGCAAUCCAGGCUGAGGAGAUUCUGACACUGAAGAAGCAAAUCAACAAGCUGUACGCCAAGCACACAAAACAAGCCCUGGAGGUGAUCGAGUCCGCCAUGGAGCGGGAUCGCUACAUGAGCCCCAUGGAAGCCCAGGAGUUCGGGAUCUUGGACAAGGUGCUGGUCCAACCCCCGCACGAUGGGGAGGACGAGCCGGAGCUGGUCCAGAAAGAGCCUCCCCCGCCCUCCUCCUCCUCCUCCUCGGCUGAGCCCUGAGAGCCCCUGGGCCGGGAGCCCAAGUCAGCGGCUGGUGCUUGGCCACGGUGCUGGGGACCGUUCGAGCCAGGAAGGAGGAAGCUGGAAGAGACCAACCCCAGACGCAGAGCGGCGGGGGCAGCACAGCCCCGCUCUGGGGCUACCACCCCUGCUUGAUGGACGGAUGCAAGAGGAGUCCCCUUCCUUCCAGUGGGCACCCCCUUUGCUGCCCUGGCCAGAUGGGUUGGUCCAAGGUGGGGUGUGUCUGGCAGCGGCUGAUCAUUUCGGUCCUUUCGGGCCAUGAGAACACGCCCCCCCCUCCCCCGGUGUAGAGUCGUUAGCUGAAUGAUUGUUACGAAAUUAAACUUGCCAGGCUGUU